CUGUGUGCGUGUGUGUUUACGACUGUGCGUGUGUGUGUGUUUACGACUGUGCGUGUGUGUGCAUGUGUGUGUGCGUGUGUCCCUGUCUUUGUGCGAUGUCGGUUUACACGGAGUAACAAACAAAACCGUUUCUCCCGAAGCAAUGGUCAAUUUCUACCGGCAAACUUCCAAUUACCUCUGCAAUCAGGUUUUCAACAGACCUUUGGAUGCUUUCCUCGUAAAGAUGGUCGGUUUUCUUCUCCGUAAGAUCUACAGUUUCCUCAUGAAAGCCCCUCGGGAACUCCUGAUGGAAAAACAUGUAGUGUUGCCCCCUAUGGACAUUAAAAUUGUCUGUACACACUCUGAAUGGAAUUCGGUUUAUCGCACACUUCUGGAGCAGUGUGAAAGCAUCCCGGUGUUGGGAUUAGAUGCUGAAUGGAUCACUCGAUUUGGUAGGAGGUAUCCUGUAUCCUUGCUACAAUUGGCAGGUAAAGACGGCCUUUGUGUACUUAUUAGACUGAACUUGUUGCCAAAACCUUUUCCAUCAUCAUUAAAAAGUUUGUUGGCUGAUUCAAGCAUCCUGAAAAUAGGUGUUGGCAUCAGUGUGGAUGUAGGCAAUCUCCGAAUUGACCAUGACCUUCACAUAAGGGGUUACCUUGACCUUCGCAACGUCCUCCCCUUUAUACCUACCCAAUACUCAGUUACGAGUUAUAGUUUGAUGAAUCUUGCCAAAGCCAUCAUCAAUGUUGACAUGUUCAAAGACAAAUCUAUCACACUCAGCAACUGGGAAUCCGAAGAACUUACCAAAGAACAGAUGCACUAUGCUGCCCUCGAUGCACUGGUUGGUGUCACAAUAUUCCUGCAGCUGAUGAUGACCAAACUGAACCAACAGAAGCAGCAUUUCCUGAAGUUCCACAGUACCUCAGACAAAGAUAUUCGGGAGGCGAUGUUGACGAUUCUGCCAGGAAUCAUUGACUGCAAGACCCCAGAUCAAAAAACAAGAAAAUUAAUGAAGCUGCCUGAAAACAAAUCUACUUUCACGAAAAAAGACAGUCUGAGAGCUCACAGCCUAAGAGCUUACAAUCUGCGCCGCAAUCCACUUUAUGACAACUGCCAGCUUCUGGCGCCCGACAACCAAAUAUUGUGUACCUGUGAUUCUCGUAAAGCUAAAUGGUACCUUUACAAAGGUCUUGGAGAACUAGUCAGCGAGAAUCCUAUGGUUAUCCGGCUGAACUUUGAACCCUCUGGGAGGCCACUAAAUGAGGAAGGUUAUUAUCAACAGGAGAAGGAGAACAUAUGCGUUGUUUGUGGUAAACCCGAGAAUUACCUCCGUAAGAAUAUAAUUCCCCAUGAGUAUCGCAAGUAUUUUCCCUCCAUAAUGAAAGACCAUGUGUCGCACGAUAUUCUCCUCAUGUGUCCUACAUGUCACCAGAAGGCCUGCGCCAGUGAUGUCACACUCCGGCAGAAACUGGCUGAGGAAUGUGAUGCCCCUUUGACAGCUGGUACUGUCAACAAAUCUCUGAUUGAUGUCGACUUGGCUAAGAUACGGUCAGCUGCUAAAGCGUUAAUGACAAACAGUCACAAGAUUCCUGACCAUCGGCUAAAAGAGUUACAUGAAUUCCUGAAGACAAGUCUUGGAGUGGACGAACUGACGGUGGAUGUUCUACAGAAAUCUGUCACUAUGGAUGUCAAGGUCAGCAAUCCUGAUUACAGUCCACAUGGGCACCAGGUCGUUGAACACAUGAAACGGACGAAGAAGUUGCUAGAAUUCCAGCUACGAUGGCGCCAACAUUUCAUUGAUACAAUGAAUCCAGCCUAUCUGCCGGCAAAAUGGGCAAUUGAUCACAACCAUAAACAUUUGGCCCCUCUUUUGGAUGAAGAGAUCCCGAAAUUUACCAAAAGAACGUCCAAGACAAAAUCAUCAAAGUCAUCAAAAUCAAAGUCUAAAAAAUAACUGCAACAUAAGCCACAACAGCAGCAACAACCACAACAAAGCCAUGACCCGAACUACAUGAACACCACUUGGACUGCGAUUAAUCACAAACACCUACAGUCACACUAACAGCAACAGCAAUGACAACAACAUUUUCAGUGCAGCUACAGUAUCUUAGUUACAACCACAGAGAUAAAAACUCACUGCUGCCACCAUCAUCGUGACCACCACCACCAUAAAUGCCUUCAUCAAAGAAUGUAAGCAACUAGAAAUAAUAAUAAUAAUAAUAA